UGCCAAGGUUACGGAAAAAGGGUCCUUAAAUGCUGCAGUUGGUGCAGUUGUGCAGCCUCCAUUACUGCAUCAACAAUUAGCCACGCAAACGCAACCAUAGAGAAAGUCAGAGAGGGAGAGAGAUAAAUGCUCUCUAUCUAGCAUUUAUAUUACCAUUUCAUUUCUUCUCAACCCAACCCAACCAUGAACUACACCGAGACCAAGUGCGUGGUGAAGCGCAAACCCAAAGAAACCGAUGAAACCUUGUCUUUUUCACACUCCAAGGAUAACAACAACAACAUGUCACACUCUCAUCGGAACAGGCCCAAACGCUACCCUCUUCUCUCCUUUUGGGAGCUUCCCGAAUACAUGAAGGAUAAUGAAUACAUUCUGCGUUAUUACAGGGCCAAUUGGCCCUUCAAACAUGCCCUCUUCAGCCUCUUUCGUUGGCAUAACGAGACGUUAAAUGUUUGGACCCAUUUAAUUGGCUUUCUUCUGUUUCUGGGGUUGACCCUCGCCAAUUUGAUGAAGCCUCGAGUGGUGGAUCUCGUGGAGCAUUUUACCAGGUCUUUUUCUUUAAGUUCGGAAAAAAAUGUUUCUCAUAGCAUCAAGGAUUUGUUUAUGGGAACAACAUUACUCUUCGAUUUAAACCACGAAACGCCUUUGACAAUCGAACUUGAAUCGACAGCGCUGGUUAUAGCAAGGUGGCCAUUCUUCGUUUUCCUAGGUGGCUCUAUGUUCUGCCUCCUCUCAAGCAGCAUGUGCCACCUCUUAUGCUGCCACUCACGCAACCUAAACCUGUUCCUUUGGCGAUUGGACUACGUAGGAAUAGUUGUGAUGAUCAUCACAUCAUUCUUCCCUCAAAUAUACUAUAUUUUCCUAUGCGAACCUCACUGGCAAAUCAUCUACCUUGCGGGGAUCACAGCCAUGGGACUGUUCACAAUAGCAACAAUGCUCUCACCAACACUUUCGACCAGCAAAUACCGUGCAUUUCGAGCCAUGUUGUUCUGUUCAAUGGGACUGUUCGGCAUCGUGCCUGCAAUCCAUGCAUGCUUCGUGAAUUGGAGCAAUCCUAGACGCAACAUUACCUUAGCAUAUGAAAGUGGCAUGGCCUUGUCUUAUUUGACAGGAACAUUGUUCUAUGUGACGAGGAUACCCGAGAGGUGGAAGCCAGGGUGGUUCGACUUGGCAGGGCAUAGCCAUCAAAUAUUUCAUGCUUUGGUUGUGGCUGGGGCAUUGGCGCAUUAUGCAGCCACUCUUCAAAUGCUCGAGUGGCGUGACUCUUAUGGCUGUGACAAGCUUCAAUGAUGUGAUUAUGUAUGUGUCUUUUAUAUAUAUAUAUAUGCAGAUAGCAUGAUCAUGAUUAAUUAAGAUGGCUUUCCUUCUCUCUUUCUCUCACAAAUAUUAUUGUUUCAUUGUUGGGUUUCAACCAUCAGAUCAUUCAAUACAAGUCUUGAAAGAGGCUAUGCUUUUACAACUCA